AUGGUAAUAGCAAAAGAAGUCCGAAUAGCCCUCCAAAGACUAAAACUAAUUGAAAGACUAAUCCUACACCGAGAAACCCCUUGGUUAUUAUCGGCUGAUGACAAGAAAAUAAAAGAUGAUGAUAGUCAAGUUAUUAAGAUGUUAAAAAAAGCUCUCAAACCUGAAACCAAGACAGUCGGCACCCAGACUGAAACUCUUUAUCUUCUAACUCCCGAGGAGAAAACAGCCCUAGAUGAAAAGAUUGCUGAUUUUAAUAAAAAGUUAGUCAAUAAUUUAGAGGCAUUAAAAAAGGCUUGGGGUAAAAAUUACGAAGUUCAAACAGAAUUGGAUAAAACUAAACAAGCCCUAGUUAUUGAAACCCAAGCCCGAGAGGAUGCGAUAAUUAAAAACGAGAACCUUCAAAAACUUUAUGAGAGUGAGACCAAGGAUUUACAAGAAAAGAUAACCAAUUUAAAUAAAGAUUUAGAUUAUAUGGCGAUUAAUUAUGCUAAAUCCUCGGUGGAAAAAGAUGAAAAGGUUAAACAAAUCCAAAGAGAAGCCCAAGAAGUUAGGGAGAAAUUAGAGGCUAUUCAGAAUGUUAGAAAAGUAAGUAUAGAAAUCCGGGCUAAACCAGAGAUGAAAAGUGUUUGGGUUCAGACUAAAUUAACCGCUAAACAAAUUAAGCAAAUGGAGAAAGAUUUAGAAUACAAAAAAAACUAUCCGACCAACGUGCUUUGGAAAUAG